GUGUGAGACUCGUGGUUUUGUUGUGAUUUCUGAUAGAUCGGAGGAUACACGAUAGAUCGUUGAUUAUUUUCUAAGGCUGAAUCCCGAAUGUUUGGGCUAAGGUUUUUUGUGGUUUUUUGGUAGAUGACAAUGAACGAAGCCGGUGCUCUUCCUCAUGGACCACCAAUAAAUAUUCUUCCUCCAACUCCUGCAGGACUAGAAUCUCUCUACUCGUUAUGCCGUAAAAUUUAUCCUGAUCAACCAAAUCCUUUGCAAGUGACGGCAUUAUUGAAAUAUUGGCUUGGUGGUCCAGAUCCUCUGGAUUACAUUUCCAUGUAUGCAAACCCUGGAAAUCCUCAGGCAAAUAUUCCCCCUCAUUGGCAUUAUAUUAGUUUUGGGUUGUCAGAUCUUCAUGGAGAUGGCAGGGUUCAUGAGGUUACCACUCCAAAUGGAGUCUCAGGUUAUGGGUUUGAGUUGUCCUUUAGAUUACAAAGGCAUCCAGAGGAGACAGCUCCUCCCACUUGGCCGGCUACAUUGAUGCAAUCAUUGGCAAAAUACGUUUUUCAAUCAGGCAACACACUCUGCGCGGGUGACCACGUAUCCUGGCACUGUGCUUUGGAUAACAGCGAAUCUCGUAUACAGCACAUGCUGAUGACCACAGACCCUCAAUUGAGGAGUACACAGACUCCUUUUGGUAGCGUUGACUUUGUCCAAAUAGUUGGAGUGUGUGCCGAAGAACUCAGAGCUGCCCAACAAUGGACUGGUACUGGUGUCUUAGAGAUGUUGAGCAGGUUUUCACAAACCGGGGGUCCUUGGCUCAUAACGGAUAUGAGGAGGGGUGAAUGUAUUUUUGAUGUGGAUCCUGCUGCUCAUGAGAAGAUUGAAAAUGGGUUUGAAGUCGAGGGAUCCAAUUUAAGUGGAGUUAGUGCAAGGUGUUCUUGGGCAGAGGUAGAUCCAAGCAAACUCAUCAAGGCCAGGUCUUCCAAGGAAGAAAAUCAAGACAGUUUAGGAGAGAAAACCGAUGGACAGGGUUGCUCAUACUACACUCACGGGAGUCAGAACGAUAUAAGCAAUUUCAAAAGCGACGGGGGUAAAGAUGGAAUGGGUUUACUGGAGGCGUCUGAAAUUCUGCAGGUGAAGAAGUUGGAAGGACUCAGUCUCGUUUUUAACCUCGAAGCAGGCAGUCUGCUUCCUCUGGCGAUCAGAGGGAGGGUGAAGCACGGCCGUCACUUCACUUUUAAAUCGAUUUUGACCGACACUGUUAUAACAUUAGUUGCUAACUCGGUUACAGGUACUUUAGUAAACUCCGAAAAUCCGUACGUCGUUCAAGGACCUUGGCUACAAGUCUUAAUACCUGACGACUUAGCUCAGGACAUGGCCACAACAUUCCAGGUGCUCACGAGUCCCGAAAUCCUAGCUCUACCAAAGACUUUUACUUGGCCCGAUAAAAAACUUUCGAUUACUAUCGUACCCGAUAAAGUCUGAAACGCUCGACUGUUAAACUAAAAACAUGUUACGUGAUAUUACAAUAAUUAGGAGGAGCCUCAAGUCUUUUGUUUCUGUUCAACUGAGUUAAUUAGAAUUUAAAAUCAAUUUUUAUUUUUUUUACUAACAUAUUUAUAUACAAUUACAAGCUCAAUGACCUACUCAACACUAAUAAAGUAGGUCUAACACUAUUCGUAGAUGUUUUAAUUAAUGGGUAGUUUGUAGAAGUUUUACAUACUACAGUGUUUUGUACUUAAAAUUCAAAAUUUCACCAUUUUGUUCACAUCUAAAGUGCUUUAAGUUUUGACUGACUUUUGGUUUUUUAUCUAUACUUUAUGUUCACAAUCAGCGUCAAAUUAUUUAUAAUUUAUUUGUAUUUAUUGUAAAAGUAUGUUAACGCUUACAAAUGUGCACAUAAA